AUGAACACCCCUGCCCUAUCCUCCGAUGAUCUGUUCAAUUCUGACUAUAUACCUCUCCCAUUUUGUAUACCGGCCUCUGAACCACAACCGCUUUUACGGCUACAAGCGAAUGUGAUGACCGAUGGCAUUGUUCUCUGCUUAUCCUUCCACCACUUUGCCGUUGAUGGUCUUGGAAUAUCAUCAAUUAUGCAGGCUCUUUCUGAAUGCUGCCGCAAACCUGACCCACCGCCUGAAAGACUUUUGACCUACCCUGAAGGUGAGGUACGAAGCAGGACAAAGAUUUUCCAGAGCACAAAUGAAAGUCACCUGGCCAUGUACGACGGCUAUGGGUCCUACACUUGGAAGGCAGCACCAAGCUCUGACCUUGGAGCCCCAGUCAGCCGCCGCUUUUGCCUCGACGCUGAAAAGAUCAGACAGCUUCGAGAAGCCUGUAAUACAACCAUGUAUGCUGGAAAUUACCAGGCGCGCCGGAUUGAUUUGUCAAGUCCUAAAUAUGACGCGAGCUGGCAAGGCUUCUCCAACAAUGAGGUCGUAACAGCUUUGAUCUGGCUUUGCGGAAUACGUGCACGGUCCCAUGCGACAUCAUUAGAGAGUAAUAGGCCUUCAUUGGCAGAUCGGCAUUCUUCUCUCUUGUUUCCUGUUGAUGUUCGUGGAAUUCUCGACAUUCCAAGGGCAUAUAUAGGCAAUGCGGUUGUCACUCUUACAUCCACGUAUAAUUUCAAAGAUACAGAGUUACAUGAUGUAGAUCCUUUAAUAUGCCAUCCAGUCACUAGUGACUUGCAUGGAUUUAGCCCUCGUGAUAUUACUCUUCUCACCAACCUCGCUCUAUCAGUCCAAAAAUCAUUGCAGUCUGUCAGCCUCAACUAUGUCCAGAAUGUCAUCUCGCAUAUCAUGGCGAGUAAAGAUUGGCACCUUCCCGUCAAGCCUGGUGAUUUGUCAGUCAGUAGCCUGCGUUGCAUACGGGUAUAUGAUAUGGACUUUGGCCCAUAUUUGGGUACCCCUUGCGACUUUGAUGUACCGGACAACAGAACGGAUGGUCUUGGCUGGAUUAUACCUCCACGUUCUGACUCUAGUGCUCGCCUAUUAGGCUACCAAAGUCGGGGAUUCUGGGAGGUUCGACUUUCACUAAGCCCAGUUGGAAUGAAAUCCUUUAGAACCGACAGGAUUUGGCGACAGGUCACCUUGGACAACGCUAUUACAGAAUAA